AUGCUGCCAUCUGACUUGCCUACCUGUCUCUGUCCAACUCCAGGAGCUGAGUUAGUCAUCCCAGUACUUCAGGAUCCAUUAGCAUCCCCCUCUGUAGCUCCUCGUGCACCCUUCAUUCCCUCCCCCUCAACCCACCACCCACUCCUCACCAUUAUUGAGACCACCAAAGAGUCCCUGUCCGAGGCCACUGAGGCGGGGGUACCUUGCUUGUCGGACCAAGGCAGCGAUGAUUGUGAUGAUGAUGGCUUGGUGAUAUCGGGGUAUGGCUCUGGGGAAGCGUUCAAGUCUAACCUGCCCCCUACUGAUGACGAAGAUUUUUACACGACCUUCUCCUUGGUAACAUAUCAGACCUUAUCCACGUCAGGCUUUGAAGGUGACUACAAAUCUCACGCACCCAAGACUUUUAGACCUAAUAAACCUUCAAUCUCCAGACGCGGUAGGACUACCACUAUCUACUAACUACUAACCGCCGACCAGAGCCGCACCACCGCCACCUCUGCCUCCACCGCAACCCUCCACAAUGCUCCGGCCAAACAGCCGUCUGGCAAAAUGAAUAACCGCGAGCUAAAACCCCAGCCCGACCUAGUGUUGCUUCCAUUGCCCACAUCCUUUGAGGUAGACAGCACCAAGCUGAGGGGCCCAUUAAUAACCUCCCCAAUGUUCCAUAAACCCACAGCACUCCCCACAGAGCCGGGCGUCAGGCGAGUUCCAGGACCCUCGGAAGUGGUCCGUGAAUCUAGCAGCACCACCGGGAUGGUCAUCGGAAUAGUGGCGGCCGCUGCCCUGUGCAUCCUCAUCCUUCUGUAUGCCAUGUAUAAGUACAGGAACAGGGAUGAGGGCUCCUACCAGGUGGACGAGAGCAGGAACUACAUAACCAACUCAGCUGUGCAGAGCAAUGGCGCUGUCAUGAAGGACAAACAGCAGAGCUUGAAAGGCAGCAACAAGAAACAGAAAAACAAGGAUAAGGAGUAUUAUGUGUGACUGUGAGACUAUCGUUCAUAUGAGAGCGAGAGAAGAAAGAAAGCACUAAAAAAACAUUUCCUUAUCAGUUUCCUUGCGAGAAGCUAUGACAAAUGAUGGUAUAACAUGGAACUUGAAUAAUCUUAUACUGUGCUGAGUAGUUAAACUGAUGAUAUGUACUGUAAUAUAAAGCACACUUACUAUUGUAAGCAUAACAACAAGGCUAAAUAGCAACUUUAGACGUUCUAUCUGGUCAGAGACGUUAUCAGUAGAGAAAUAUUUCAAAGCUACAUCAUUCUCCUAAGUGACUUUUAGAGCUAUGUGAUCUCUGGCAUUAAAGAAAAAACCUUUUUGUAAAAUUGUCAACUUCAAAAGGCUCAUAAUCUUAUACAUUUUCAGCAUGUAAGCAACACGUAGUGCUUAACAACAGGGGGUCAGGCACACCAUCAGUGUGAACGUAAAAGAGGACUCCUGUUGUAUCAAAGGAUGACUUUUCUAUGGUUUAUACAUAAUACAAGUGUGGUGUCUAUUUUUUUUUUGCUUUGAGCAAAAGGAAAAAAAUGACAAAAAGAACAGCAAGAAAAGAAAAGAAAACUAUGUCUGUGUAUAAAAUGAUACUAAGUGAGCAAAUGGCCAUGGGCAGAUCUCAUACUCUACUCUGAUUCACAACAAUUAUUCUUAGUGUUUGACAGACUAUUCCCCCGGCCGGUUCUUUUGGUAAAAAGCAACAGAUUGUAAAAUGCAUGCCAUCCUAAAUCGACAGUAAAGUCCAGUCCAGACUUUCCAGUCCCGUAUAGUUUUCAACUGGGACCAUGUUCUUGACUUAAUGCCAAACAGUUCUUCAUGAUAAGAUCAGAACUCAACCCCUUCCUACUAUUAAACCCCUGAAAAGUGUUAACCAAUGAAAAAAAUAUCUAUUUAAAAAAGGUCUAUCAAUGCACAGCCAGUCGUGGUUUUAUCUUUUUGCAAAACUGUAUGUUGAUUAAUUGCCUGUCGUUCUCUUUUUCUAUGAAGGUGUCAGGUGGAAGACAAAUGCAGUACUACAAACUGUUAACAAAUGUGUAUACAGAAAUAAAUCUAAUGUUGAAAGUGUGACUUCUAUCUACUGUCACAGUCAACUAUGUCAAAAAACAAGACAUUUGUUUACAUAUUUUAUUACAUGCUAGCUGUUGUACUUUGUAGGUAGGAAAUUGUACAUAUACCAUGACAGUUGUAAUUUUUAGUACCUCUAUUGUACAGACUGAAGAUAUGAUUUAUCAGCGUAUUUCAUGACAGAAUCUAUUAACUGUUAAUUUACAUGAAGAAAAAACUUUAAUCUGAAUGUGAAGAAUCAUAUUGAUAUUUCAUAAAGAAUAAAGUGUAUUGUUAGCCUAGAGAUCUAACCAGAGAUGUUUCUAAAGUUGCAUGAAUAUUUAACUACUUGCAGUUGUCCAACAAAUACAAGGUGCCCUUUCUUCUGUAUUAUGGCUCUCUUAUUAUGGGUUACACUAGUGAUAUUUAUUUUUAAAAGCGAAUAAAGAUAGAGUUAUGACAAAUCCAGAAAGAUAAAGAGGCUAUAGUGGAUGGAGUCUGGAAAUGAAGACCUAAAGUAUUGGACUGGUCACCAUUUUAUCAUGAGUAAAAUAUAUAUUUUGCUGUCCACUUUGCCCAUGAAUGACAAAUGACAAAACAUGUCCAUUAAAUGAUGUGGAGGUGCAGUCUUAUUUUGCCUGAAAUUAACAGUUUUUGUGUUUUAAUUAAGUUUUUCACCCUUUUUUUUAUCAGUUUGAUAACAAUUAAAACAUAAAGUUUUCUCUGAAAGUAAACUGUAGUCCUUGGAUAAAUCCAAUAAUAAAUAAUAACCCAACAGGAGAGAAAAUAAGGCAUCUCUAAAGCCUUUGAAAACUUGUUUUGAAAUCUUCAGUUUUUCUCUACAACAUUACUUAAUAACGAUAACAUUUGCAAAAUCGACGUCCAGCUAAUCUGUGGUUGGAUCGCAGCUGACUGUGGCCAAGCAACAGAAGCAUUCGAUUUGGAUUCAAACCUUGCUUUAUUCUGAUUGAUACAAAAUGGAACGUGACGUGAACAUUUUCUAACCAUAAACCAGGUAAAUGUUUCUUCAUGUGGAAGCUAUUAGAAUAUUGGUUUUGGGAUCUUUAAAAGAAGAUUUUUGAUACCGAUUCAGACUGAGAGAUAUAGCAAGGUUCCACAGAGGACACGUAUCUUUAACUCAUGACAGAAUGUAAUGUACCUUGCCCAAUCAAAAAAUAAAACUCAA